AUGGGAAAUGAGGGACAGAUGGGAAUGACACAUGGUCCCGUUCGGCCUCCUCCCGUCGCAACCCUCCCCUCGCAGACUCUGCCUAAUCUGCCCGGGUAGAACAGGGUGAAAGGAUGGGGGGAGGGCACCGGGCAUUCGCCACCAUCUCUCUCUCUCUCUCGCUCUCUUUUUUCUGGCAACAGAGACAUGUUGGAUGUUUUUUUAUUAUUAUAUUUCGUUUUCCCGGGGCCCGUUUUCAACGGGUGGCGUCUUUUAAAAGGAUGUAACGGUUGCCAUCUUUUGGGGGCAUUCUGAGACUUCAUUCGAGGCUGGGGAAAAAAAAAAACAAUUCAUGGCCAAAUGUCGAGUCGUAGUGGCUGAACAGAAACAGUCCACAGGGACAAUGGCCGCCAACCAGGGGAUGAACCGUCGUGGGGUUUAUAACUACUUCCUCAACAUGGUGGCCUACCAGAUAUGCUGCUGCUGCGGACCGGCUCCCUGCUCGCUCUGCUGUGCCUUCUGUCCGCCCGUCAAAUCGUCCACCAGCACGCGAGUCAUGUACACCCUCUUCCACAUCGUGAGCUGCGCCGUCUCCUGCCUCAUGCUGUCACGCACCGUCUCCGAGCUGGUCAGGGAAAACGUGCCUUUCUUCAACGUGAUGUGUGAUCAGGCACAUGGCGGAGGUCACUGCGAGAUGCUUGUGGGCUACUCGGCGGUCUACAGAGUCUGCUUUGGUACUUCCUGCUUCUACCUGAUGAUGGCCAUCUUCCUCAUAGACGUCAAGUCCAGUCAGGACUUCAGAGCGCUCAUACACAAUGGUUUCUGGUUCCUAAAACUGAUCACGCUGCUCGGGAUGUGUGCCGCUGCCUUCUUCAUCCCCACAGAGUCAUUCCUGCACGCUUGGCAUUAUGUUGGUGUGGUGGGAGGAUUUGCCUUCAUCCUCAUCCAACUCAUCCUCAUCACGGCUUUUGCACACACCUGGAACAAGAACUGGCUAACGGGAGCAGCGGAAAACAAACGUUGGUACUUGGCCGUGAUGUGUGCCACCCUUUUCUUCUACACCAUCGCCACCAUGGCCUUCACCUUCAUGUACAAGUACUACACGCACCCCAUCGCCUGCCAUUUCAACAAAGUCCUGCUGUGGAUCAACCUGGGACUCUGCAGCCUCAUGUCCUUCAUUGCCGUCACGCCCUGCGUCAAGCAGAAGCAGCCUCGAUCGGGGCUCCUCCAGGCCUCCAUUAUCAGCUGUUAUGUUAUGUACCUGACUUUUUCCGCACUGUCCAGUCGCCCCCCCGAGAAAGUCGUGUACCAGGGCAUGAACAUGACUGUCUGCUACCCCAACGUGGGACAAGAUGGCAUCCAAAACGAGGGCAAUGCCGUGGCCAUUAUUGGAGCUGCAAUCAUGUACUGCUGUGUUCUUUUUGCAUGCAAUGAAGCCUCCUACCUUGCAGAGGUGUUCGGUCCAUUUUGGAUGAUCAAAGUUUACCGCUAUGAGUUCCAGAAAGCCACUUGCUGUUUCUGCUGCCCUGAGGAGGAUGAAGCGGAGGAAGAGUUUGCGGUGGAUGACGACAACAAAGGCUGCCAGAAGGUGAUCCACAACGAGACCCAGAGAGUAGCCUACAGCUACUUCUUCUUCCAUUUUGUCUUCUUCCUGGCCUCGCUUUACGUCAUGAUGACCCUCACCAACUGGUUCAGUUACGAGUCGGCGGUGCUGGAGACCACGUUCACCCACGGGAGCUGGUCCACUUUCUGGGUGAAGAUGUCAUCGUGCUGGGCCUGCGUCAUCCUCUACCUUUGGCUGCUGCUGGGCCCCUUGUGUAGCUGUCAAAACCAGUCCAGACCCCGCCGCUCCCGCAUUAAACGCCGCUCGCCGUCGUCCCGCCACGUCACCGUCAGCGUCUGACAUGCUGUGGGAGGGAGGUCACAUGACUUUGUUCACCUCCGGCGGCCACGUGGGUCAAAGGGUUUUAAAGACUCGCAUUGUAGUGAGAGACCCAGUGAAUCAUGAAAGACUGGCUGUCUCGCCAAAGCCAUCAGAAAUAUGUGGACAUAUUUUGUUAUUUUCAUAUCAUAACAAAGAUAAUCUGGCCGGGAGCCACAGACAACAUGAAAAAAAUGGACUUUUCAUUUUUUUUUUUGGGACACAUCCAAUCAGGUCCUGGCUUAUUGUUUGCGAUUAUUAACCUUAAUUGAUAUUGUUUACUUAAACCAGGGGUGUCCAAAGUGCGUUACUGGCCAUUCAUGUUCAUUUUUUAUUUGUCCUGGGCAUAUUAUACACAAGUACAUUUUUGAGCGUGUGUUUUUAGCGUGUUAGCUCGCCAGCUAGCGGCAUGCAGUAUAAUAGUUGUGCAAUAUCGAGACAUUCGAUAGAGUCUGGGUUUUGUCCAAGGCCUCCAUCGCCAAGUGCUUGCUCAUGUGGGGUUCCGGUGGGUUCUCUGGUGACCGUGGAAAGUGCCAUGAGAGAACUGUUUUUUGUGACUUGGCGCUAUAUAAACAUUGAAAUAUGAUGUAAACAAUAAUAAUAAUAAUAAUAGUGUAAAGGUGACUAUAGGCUUAUUAUUUCAUGUCUGGAGGGCGUCUUUAAUGUUCUUUUAUCACAGUCAGUUAGACGCUAUGAAUGAGGGACGACUGUAAAAAAAAAAUAUAUAUAAAAUAUAUAUAAUAUAAAUAUAUAUUAAAAAAUAUAUUUUUUUAUUUAUAUAUAUAUAUAUAUAUAUAUAUUAUUUAUUAUAUUUUAUUUUUUAAUAUAUAUAAUUAAAAUGCGAUAUCAGUUAAUGUUGGUAUCAGAUUUUUUCCCGAUCAUGAAAACCGAUAUAAAAAAAUGAUGUGUUCAUUCCACUACAGGAAUCGUAUCUUAUCCGUAUCAGCCUGAUAUCAGCAUAAAAAUGCGAUAUCAGUUAAUGUUGGUAUCAGAUAUUUUCCAGAUCAUGAAAACCGAUAUAAAAAAUGAUGUGUUCAAUCCACUACAGGAAUCGUAUCUUAUCCGUAUCGACCUGAUAUCAGCAUAAAAAUGCGAUAUCGGUCAAUGUUGGUAUCAGAUAUUUUCCAGAUCAUGAAAACCAAUAUAAAAAAAAAUGAUGUGUUCAAUCCAUUACAGGAAUCGUAUCUUAUCUGUAUCGGCCUGAUAUCAGCAUAAAAAUGCGAUAUCAGUUAAUGUUGGUAUCAGAUAUUUUCCAGAUCAUGAAAACCGAUAUAAAAAAUGAUGUGUUCAAUCCACUACAGGAAUCGUAUCUUAUCCGUAUCGACCUGAUAUCAGCAUAAAAAUGCGAUAUCGGUCAAUGUUGGUAUCAGAUAUUUUCCAGAUCAUGAAAACCAAUAUAAAAAAAAAUGAUGUGUUCAAUCCAUUACAGGAAUUGUAUCUUAUCCGUAUCGGCCUGAUAUCAGCAUAAAAAUGCGGUAUCGGUUAAUGUUGGUAUCAGAUUUUUUCCCGAUUAUGAAAACCAAUAUUAAAAACUUUUGUGUUCAUUCCACUACAGGAAUCGUAUCUUAUCCGUAUCAGCCUGAUAUCAGCAUAAAAAUGCGGUAUCGGUUAAUGUUGGUAUCAGGUUUUUUCCAGAUCAUGAAAACCGAUAUAAAAAAAUGAUGUGUUCAAUCCACUACAAGAAUCGUAUCUUAUCGGUAUCGGCCUGGUAUCAGCAUAAAAAUGCGAUAUCAGUUAAUGUUGGUAUCAGAUUUUUUUUUACAGAUCAUGAAAACCGAUAUUAAAAUAUGAUGUGUUCAUUCCACUACAAGAAUCGUAUCUUAUCGGUAUCGGCCUGGUAUCAGCAUAAAAAUGCGAUAUUUUAUAAAAAAAUAUAUAUAUUUUUAAUUUAUAUAUAUAUAUAUAUAUAUAUAUAUAUAUAUAUAUAUAUAUAUAUAUAUAUAUAUAUAUAUAACGUCAUUCUUGAAUAUUUCAACUUUAUGCUACUAUGAUGACAUUAUUUUUCCUCAUAAUAUUACCACUCUAUUCUCGGAAAACUGUUUUUCUUCCUGUUAAACUAUAUUUUAAGGGCCCCCAGGCCGCACUUUGGAUACCCCUGGUGUACACAGGAAAAUGAAGCCACGCAUUCUGCACAAGUCCAUCGCCACAGAAGAUAAAUAUUCAUAAAAUAAUAGGCAGCUAAAAAAAAAUGAUGUUAAAUGAAAAAGGUGGCACUGGGAUGGACAAGAUCAAUACUGUAAAUAUGUCUUUCUUGUUUACAUAAUAUUUCUACUUUUGAUUUACACGUAUUUACAAGCCAGGAGGAUGCUGAGAAUUAGAACUUUCUUGCCUUCAAAUGAUUUUUAUGUCACUUUUCACGAGGAUUUAGUACGCCUGUAUCCAAAAAUAAUGCGAUUUAUUGUAAAUUGGCACCGAUUGUAGGAUCACUUUGAAAUAUUUGUUGUUGUAGUACAGUGGAACCCGGCUGACUGGCGGCGACAUUAGCGGUUGUUGACAUAACCGUAAUCAAAACCGAAACUAGCUACUGCUGCACAUGUACAGUAUUUUGCCAGAAACAUGCGCAUAAUUCAUAAUAAUAAAUGUUUUUUUUAUUA